CGUGGGUUUUCUCUGGGUACUCCGGUUUCCUCCCACAUUCCAAAAACAUGCUAGGUUAAUUAGCCACUCCAAAUUGUCCGUAGGUAUGAAUGUGUUAAUUAGCCACUCCAAAUUGUCCGUAGAUAUGAAUGUGAGUGUGAAUGGUUGUUUGUCUAUUUGUGCCCUGUGAUAUGCUGGCCACCAGUCCAGGGUGUACCAAUUUUAAGAUUAAGAUAUGCCUUUAUUCGUCCCUCAGUGGGGAAAUUUGUAUUGCACAGCAGCAAGAGUACAGAGUCAGUUAAGCAGUACAAAAUACACAAUAUAGAAAAAUAAACAAUAUAAACAACCCAAGUAUUAACAAAAUCAACAGUUUUUCCCAGAGUUAUAUACAAUAUAGUAUGUAGAUAAUAAAUUUGAUGAUCAGAAAAUUUCAAAAAAAGAACCCAAAAAGGGGGCAAACACACACAAAGCUGUCAUGAAAAUGUUACUAUCGUUACUAUUGUUGUUGUAUAAUGUUACUUAAGCCCGCCAAACGCUGUACUGUGAGGUAUUUGCAUUUACAGUACGCCCCUGAAUGUGGACCAUACUACCACACGUAUUUGACUAGUAAAUUUAAUUUCCAGGUGACGUGAGUCCCUGUUCCUGACACAAAUAGCCUUUAUCUCUACUGUGCAAACACAAUGAGCGUGAGGACAGGAGUGGUGUUGCGGUUGUUCCUCCCCCCAAAGUUACACAUUCUUGUGUAAGGGAGGUGAGGACAUGUAAAAAAAAAAAGAAAAAAAAAGUGAGAAGUGCACCUCGGGCACCUUACCAAUCUGUCAGAACACGUUGACGGGCGACACAAUUACAGCAUUGGUAUCAUUGUCAUCUGGAGAGAAAGCGUGUGUGUGUUUUUUUGUUGUUUUUUUUUGGGAGUGUUUUCAGCCAAAGUAUGCCGUCGUCAUACACGGUGACCGUCGGUACCGGCAGCCAGUGGUUUGCAGGCACCGAUGACUACGUUUACAUCACACUGGUGGGCGCAGACAGAUGCAGUGAGAGAACUUUGCUGGACAAACCUCUGUACAAUGACUUUGAAAGGGGCGCGGUGGAUUCAUACCUGGUGAGCGUGGAGGAGGACCUGGGUGAGCUGGUGCUGGUCAAGCUGGAGAAGAGGAAGUACUGGGUGCACGACGACUGGUACUGCAGGUACAUCUCUGUCAAGACUCCGGCCGGCGACAACGUGGAGUUCCCGUGCUACCGCUGGCUGGUGGACGACAAGGAAGUGGUGCUGCGGGACGGACGAGCUCAUCUGCCUGAGGAUGACAAGAUGAGCCUGGUCAAGCAACACCGGCAAAACGAGCUGGAAACCAGACGCAAAACCUACAGAUGGAUGGAAUGGCAGCCAGGCUUCCCAAUGAGCAUUGAUGCUAACAGACACAACGAUUUACCCCGUGACAUCCAGUUUGACAGUGAGAAAGGAGUGGACUUUGUGUUGAACUACAGCAAAGCAAUCGAGAACCUGUUUGUGAACCACUUCAUGCACAUGUUCCAGUCGUCCUGGAGUGACUUUGCAGAUUUUGAGAGGAUCUUUCUCAGAAUCAGAAACACCAUCUCAGAGUAUGUGAUGCAACACUGGAAAGAGGAUUUCAUGUUCGGCUACCAAUUCCUAAAUGGCUGCAAUCCUGUCGUCAUUGAAAAGUGCACAAAACUUCCUGACAAGUUUCCCGUCACCAAUGAGAUGGUUGCAAUAAGCCUGGAGAGAAAUUUGACCCUGGAACAGGAAAUAGAGGCAGGUAACAUCUACAUAGUGGACUAUGAAGUGCUGGAUGGCAUCAAACCCAACUGUACAGAUCCAUGCACCCUGCAGUACCUGGCGGCCCCCAUUUGUCUUCUGUACAAAAACACACAGAAGAAGAUCUUCCCAAUCGCCAUACAGUUGGGUCAGACCCCAGGGGAGGACAACCCCAUUUUCCUGCCCACGGAUGCUCAGCACGACUGGCUGCUGGCGAAGAUCUGGGUGCGCUCGGCCGACUUCCAGCACCACCAGACGGUCACGCAUCUUCUCAGGACGCAUCUGAUCUCAGAGAUGUUUGCCAUCGCCAUGUUCAGGCAGCUGCCUGCAGUCCACCCGGUGUUUAAGCUCCUCAUUCCACACGUGCGUUUCACUAUCGCCAUCAACACCAAGGCCAGAGAGCAGCUCAUCUGUGAGUGCGGCAUCUUUGACAAGGCAAACGCCACGGGUGGAGGAGGUCAUGUUCAGCUGGUUCAGAAGGCCAUGAAGUCUCUGACCUUCAGGUCUCUGUGCUUCCCGGACAUGAUCAAAGCUCGCGGUGUGGACAGCAAGCAGGAUCUGCCCACCUACUUUUACAGAGACGAUGGCUACAAAGUAUGGGAGGCCACCAAGAGCUUUGUCUCCGACGUGGUCAGCAUUUACUACACCAGUGAUGAGAAGGUCCAAGGAGACGAGGAAAUCCAGGCUUUUGUGAAAGAUGUCUGCAACUUCGGCAUGCAGGGCUUCGAUUCCUGCGAGUUCCCCAAGACGAUGAAAUCACGUGAUGAGCUGACAGAGUUUUUGACCGUCAUCGUGUUCACGGCUUCUGCCCAACACGCCGCCGUCAACUUUGGGCAAUACGACUGGUGUUCCUGGAUUCCCAAUGCUCCGUCCACCAUGCGGAGGCCCCCCCCACACAAGAAGGGCUUGGCAAACGUGACCCUGAUCAUCGACAGCCUCCCUGACCGAGGUCGCUCCAGCUGGCACCUGGGGGCCGUGUGGGCCCUCAGUCAGUACCAGGAGAAUGAGUUGUACUUGGGAAUGUACCCUGAUGAGCACUUCAUCGAACGGCCAGUGAAGGCGGCCAUGGAGAAGUUCAGGAAGGCUCUGGCGGACAUCAGCAGCGCCAUCAAAAGGAGGAACGAGGGAAAGAAACUCCCGUAUUAUAACAUGUCCCCUGACAAAAUCCCCAACAGUGUUGCUGUUUGAGAGGCCGCACGCGUGGGCAUCGAACUGGGUUCUCCUUAUCAACACUUAUUGCUCUCUUUUUGGCCUGAAUAUGACCACAUUUGAAUUUUGCUCACUUUUCCUGCUACAAAAGAGCAAAAAGUUUAAAUGUCAGUGCAUGUAAUUGAAAUUACACUUCUUUUUUUUUUUUUGUAAUUACAAACUUUAUCCACAAUCCUUGAGUGACAUAUGAACAUGCAAUCUUAAAGAUAUACAGCAUACAUAUUACAUACUUAUGGUGUUCCGGUUGGAUGUUGUAUGCUAAAAAAAAAAUUCUCACCAGCCUAUACAUUUAUGCUUCUAUUAUUUUUUUUACCUUUUGUAGAUCUUUCAGAAUCUGCACCUAUUCCAGCUGUGUUUCCUUGGAUUUCCUUCUUCCCACUCUCACUGUGGUUUGAUGGAAUCCCAAAAUUUAGAAAUGGCUUUAUAGUCUUUUACACACUGAUAGAUAUCAAUAAUGUUGUUUUAACACGUUUUCACACACGACCAUGUUGGUUUAGAUUUUAUUUCUCCCUGAAAAACUGCAUUUUGUGUUCAUAUGUGUUGUCAUUCAUAUUUCAAUUUCAUGAUCCGAAACACGAGUGUGACAACAAAUAAGACAUCAGGAAGUGGCAAACACUUUUUCUAACCCAUACGUAAGUAGGUUCGAGCAUCAUUAUGACCGUUAUUAGUAAAAACUGGGCUGCACGGCGGUCGAGUGGUUAGCGCACGGACCCGAGUUCAAUCCCACCCUCGGCCAUCUCUGUGUGGAGUUUGCAUGUUCUCCCCGUGCAUGCGUGGGUUUUCUCCGGGUACUCCGGUUUCCUCCCACAUUCCAAAAACAUGCUAGGUUAAUUAGCGACUCCAAAUUGUCCAUAGGUAUGAAUGUGAGUGUGAAUGGUUGUUUGUCUAUAUGUGCCCUGUGAUUGGCUGGCCACCAGUCCAGGGUGUACCCUGCCUCUCGCCUGAAGACAGCUGGGAUAGGCUCCAGCAAUUUGGGAUAGGCUCCAGCACCCCCCCCUUGUGAGCAUAAGCGGUAGAAAAUUAAUGAAUGAACUUUGGUUAGCAUCCUGGUUAAGUUGAUAAGGCCAGGACAGGGAGACCGACAAUGUGUGUGAUGAAUCAAUUAUGAUGUUGUUCAAUUGGCAUGCUUUGACUAACUGUGGGGCUGCACGGUGGACGAGUGGUUAGCGCGCAGACCUCACAGCUAGGAGACCAGGGUUCAAUUCCACCCUCGGCCAUUUUUGUGUGGAGUUUGCAUGUUCUCCCCGUGUAUGCGUGGGUUUUUUCCGGGUACUCCGGUUUCCUCCCACAUUCCAAAAACAUGCUAGGUUAAUUAGCGACUCCAAAUUGUCCAUAGGUAUGAAUGUGAGUGUGAAUGGUUGUUUGUCUAUAUGUGCCCUGUGAUUGGCUGGCCACCAGUCCAGGGUGUACCCCGCCUCUCACCCGAAGACAGCUGGGAUAGGCUCCAGUCCCCCCCCGCGAGGAUAAGCGGUAGAAAAUGAAUGAAUGAACUUUGGUUAGCAUCCUGGUUAAGUUGAUAAGGCCAGGACAGGGAGACCGACAAUGUGUGUGAUGAAUCAAUUAUGAUGUUGCAUGCUUUGACUAACUAUGGGGCUGCACGGUGAUCGAGUGAUUAGCGUGCAGACCUCACAGCUAGGAGACCAGGGUUCAAUUCCACCCUCGGCCAGUCCAGGGUGUACCGCGCCUCUCGCCCAAAAACAGCUGGGAUAGGCUCCAGCACCCCCGCAAAAUGAAUGAAUCAAAACUCAAAUGAAUUAAAAUGAAGCAAGGAGGAGUUCUGACCUGGACAAAACUGUGGAAGAACUUCACGUGUAGCUUCUCUGCAGGCGUCCUCCUCCACUAUCGUCUUCCACGCAUGUUGGGUUCAUUGAAGAUGUUAAAUUGGUUUGCCGGGAUAGGCUCCAGCUCACCCCACUGUGAACUUGUACAAGAUAAGCAGUAAAUAAAUGAAUCAUUUCUUACCUUUUACAUCCUCUUGGAAAGUAAAAAAAAACAAAACAAAAGAUUCAAAUUCAACUCUUUUAUUUUCCAGAGUUGAAGAUGGACACUUGGACUUUUUUCUUUUUUUAAUGU